AUGACGCACAUUACAUCAGAAUCUACUCCCCUCCUCCCAGAGCCUGCCACCGAGCGCUUAAUUUCCUACCAAAGCUCCCAUCCCGCCUACGAUGCGCGGCCACUGCACCCCAACUACAGCAAGCAUGAAGAAUGCCAUGUUGACUACAGCGACAUCCUUCGCGACAUCAUCAUUGGCUUCUCAGACGGUCUCACAGUACCCUUUGCCCUAACAGCAGGCCUGUCAAGUCUCGGCAGUGCCAAGGUCGUCAUUAUCGCUGGCCUAGCAGAGCUCUUCUCCGGCAUGAUCAGCAUGGGUCUAGGCGCGUACCUCGCCGCCGUGACAGAGCGCGACGCGUAUCAUUCACAAGCUGGUAAAAAGGAAUUCGCGGUUCAAAAUAGACCUGGUGAUGAGCGCACGGGUGUUUACGAUGUUUUGGAAAAGUACAGCGUCUCGCGAACUGCCGCUGCACCUUUGGUCGACGAGCUCUGCAAGAACCCCACAG